AUGAUCUGCGACAUCAACGACAAGGAAUGUAGGAAGAAAUUUCCUCGCCUCAAGCUGAAAGCUUGGAAGGCUUCCCAUGCAGAGGCCCCCUUUGAGGUGGGCAAGGAAUCUUUCGACGCAGUAUCCAACUAUAUCAUGACCAAGAUCAGGCAAAUGGCCACCAAGGUGAGAAACUUGAUCAAAGAGGGUUGGGAAACUUUGGACAAGAAACUCACUGAGAGACAGCAGGCAUGUUUCCUCCGUCUUUGUCGCACCCUGGCGCCCAACUUUUGCAGUGAGACUUCCGAGCCCAAGCAACAGAGCGCAGGAAGCACAUCUACAAAGCCAAGAGAGACAGCUCACUACACCGCACAGUUUUUGCACACCUCUAGCUUCUUGGACCUAGCAGAGACUGUGGCGAUGGAAUCUGCCAAGAGUGGAGUUCUUGGUGGAAACACUGAGAAAAAGAACAAGAAACCAAAGCACAAGAAUGUCAACAAGAAGGAGAAGGAGCAGGUGACUCAAAAGAAGGAGCUCAAGAAACCGAAGACAAAGUCCCAGAAGGUGACCCUGGCCACGCUUCAGAAGGUCUUGGUAAAGAAGACCCGUAUGGCCGCACCUUUUUCUGCCGCGGAGCUUUUGGCGAGCCUGACCUCUUUCUCAGGAUACACCUUCAGUCGACGAGCUUCUCCUACGGCCGAGUCAAUGUGGCCGCAAACCCCACUGGCGAGGACCCCGAAAAAAUCCGCCAAGAUCAUUGGUGAGGUGGCAAAGACCAACACGUUGAAAUUGCCUUCAAAGGUUCUGGAAGCAUCCAACUUUCAAAUGAUCGAGGAAGGGGCAGGUCAUUGGGCACCCAUUCUUACUGGCACUAAGUACUUCAUCAAGCGCUACUUGCUUGGUCCUGUCGUCACCAAGGACAAGAUUGAUGAGGCUGCUGAAAUCUAUUCUCAGCACUUUGGAGAUGGGGACCCUAGGUUCUACCGCGAAGGCUGGGAGUACAUCUUGAAGGAGCAUGGUGGCAGGCUGCCGGUUGAAAUCAAGGCUGUUCCAGAAGGAAUGGUCGUCCCUACAAAGACAGUGCUCUUCACGUUGGUCAACACGGACCCCAAAUGCUUUUGGUUGACCAACUUCCUGGAGACGCUCCUGGUUCAGGUUUGGUAUCCUAUGACAGUGGCGACCCAGAGCCGCUAUCAGAAGACGUCGAUCGCCAAGUACAUGGAGGAGACAGGUAACGAGCAGUGGGAUGUACCCAACGGCGUGACCUUCAAGCUGCACGACUUCGGCUUCCGCGGCGUGUCCUCUGUGGAGUCAGCAGCCAUUGGCGGCUGCGCGCACUUGGUGAACUUUCUUGGCACUGAUACUGUAGCCUCCAUGAUUUGUGCCCGUGACUACUACGGCUCCAAGAAGGCUGCGGGUGGUUCCAUUCCAGCUUCAGAGCACUCGACAAUCACAUCUUGGGGUGUUGAUGGCGAGUGUGAUGCGAUGAGGAACAUGUUGGAAUCCUAUCCCGAGGGCUUGGUUGCAUGCGUAUCUGAUUCAUUUGACAUUUGGCGCGCUUGCAAAGACUACUGGGGCGACAAACUGAAGGAUUUGAUCAAAGGGCGCAUCACCGACACGAAGUUCGGUCGAUUGGUGGUCCGCCCGGACAGUGGUGACCCUGCUGAGACAUAUACUAUUCAGCAGUUUUGGAAGAGUUAUCAGGGCGAUGGAGUGGACUGGGAAUCCAUCCCCAAGAUCCUUGAGAAGCUGAAGAAGGAGAAGAUUGCCGCAGAUGCUUGGCCAGGUCCUGCGGCAUUGCAGGGCAAUGUCAAAGACAACUUGAAUGGGGAUACUUCAGAGCAAGUUGAGAUUGGGGAUUCAGAGACCAUUGAUUCUGCUGAGGGCUCAGCCACAGGUGACUCCGACAGAGAGUCAAGGUACAAGAAGACCUAUCAGGCCGAGACUGGAUUGCCGCCUCGACGCAUUGAGACCAGUCGUGUGUUGCACGAGCUCUUGCAGAGCCUUGGUGGCAUCGUUGACCUCGCGGUCUGCUCGGAGCGUUUGAGCGCUUUGUUCGCCAGCUCCGUUGCCUCCUCCAUCCGGCGCAGCGCCAGCUCCGUUGCCUCCUCCCAGUGUGGUGCCAGCUCCGUUGCCGCCGCCGCCAAGCGAGUGAUUGGUCGCAAAAGGCAAAGCCUGGAAGACCAGAUCCGGUUCGCCAAAGAUGAGGUAACCAAGGUGACAGAAACCAAUGCAUACACCACGAGCCUGUUGGGCCACAAGGAUUCAGAGAUCCGAAAGUUGCGCAGUGAGCUGGAUCGUUUGAAAGAUCGUGUGACGGAACUGGAGGACAACAUCGCUUUCGGCAGUGGUGGAGCUUUGCUGCAAAAGUUGAACCGAGACACCUUCAAAUGUGCUUUCAAGUGUGCUGAAAUCACCAUCAACGGAGAGAGCCGAGAUGUGUUCAAGGACCCCAUCACCGACAAGGGCAAGGCCUCCAAGAAGGGCCGCUUGACGCUCCAGUUGGCUUCCGAGACAACUGGCUUCUCCGAUAGUGACAAGUACAAGCCCCGCUCGGAUGCAAACCCAGUUCCAGGUGGCACGGGCUUCUUGCACUACAGCACAGAUGGCAAGUACGUCACCGUUUCGAGCGGAAAGGGAGAUCCCAAGAAGGACAUUAUGGUCGAUGUCUUCAAGGACGCAUUGGUGUCAAUCCAUUUGGCCAAAGCUAAUGGAAGCCUUCUUGUGGACUACACGCUGGAACAGAUUCGAGCCAAAGCAGACAUCAAGUUGCCUGAUGGCAAAAUUGGCAGUGGAAUGGACCUUUCGGUGGAGGUGCCGCGUGAGGCCCGCUUUGUGGAGCCAAGCAGGCUAUUGGAGCGGCUGAGCCUGGCCAGCCCGGGUGAAUGCAGCUGCUUCGGCAUUGGUCCAAGUGUUGCGAAGAACAGCGCGAGCAAGGAAAGCGAGGUCCUGGUGCUUGGAGAUGCUCCAUGGACGGACUGUGACGACGAUCCAGGCAACAUGCUGCUGCUACAAGUGAGCUUGCAACUGAAUACGUCAAAACCAUGGCAGAAUCAGACUUUCUUCGAGCAUCGGAGGACUUUCCCAGAAAACUUUCUGCAAGAGAUUGAUGAGGACAUAUCCACUAUGUGGGUUGGUAAUCACUUAGAUAUCAAGCUUGCCUUCAUUGUGCUGUUGCUCACUGUAGCAAUGACAUUGUGGUUCUUGCGUAGCAGCGCAGAUUCAGCUGGACAAGGCUCACAAAACCACAGUGAUGAGGCUUCAUUCUUCACCUGCUACUUCAUUGUCUUUAUGGAUGCCUUUGGCUUUGGCAUUUUUGCUCCUUUUGUUCCUGUUCUAGCCAAAACCUUCGGAAUGACAGCACGGAACAUUGCAGGCCUGCUGACCGCCUUCUCCUUUGCACAGGCGUUUAACACGCCGCUCUUUGGGUAUUUGUCCGACCGGCUGGGCAGAAGAAAGGUGCUCUUGCUUGCUGUUGCUGGCGAAGCCUGCGCGUAUGCAACAAUGAGCUAUGCAAGGACGUUCUUCGGGCUUCUCAUUGGUUAUUCUCUUGCUGGGGCCUUCUCUGCAACGAUUGGAGUUUGCAAUGCCUACAUUGCAGAUCUAACCAGCACAGAAGAACGUCCAGUGCGUAUGGCGCAUCUGAAUGGCAGUAUUGCACUCGGUGUCAUGACUGGGCCAGUGGUUGGAGGCCUCAUUAGCAAUCAAGGCUUUACGGCCGCAUGCCGUGUUUGCGCUCUUCUUUCAGCCUCCAACUUUGCCUUCACUUGCUUCUGUCUUGGAGAUCCUUCUGCAUCUGGCAAAGCUGAUGAGAAAACAGAGGAGAAACCAAAGAUUCCAGGCUUGGCUUGGCUUCUGUGCAUUGGUGCGUUCCUGGGAGAGGCUGGGAUGGCUGCAUGGGAGAGCUGUGCUGCACUCUACAUCAUGGACAGUUAUUUUUGGUUCUAUCCUUCACCUGCAACAGCAAGUUCUCAAUUCUUUGCUGGCGGUAUGGCAAUGUCUGGUAUCAUUGUGGUCUUCGUUACAGUUGUGGUAUUUCCAACUUGUAUGGAGUUGUUGAAACAGUGGCGCACAGUGGUCAUUAGCGUUUGUCUUCGCCUUUUGGGAUUCAUUGGCAUAGGGCUUGCGCCCACCAAAUGGCUAUUUCUUGUUGGACAAGGCAUGACCAAUGUUGGAGACAACCUUGGGGCUCCAAAUGUCACCUCCCUUUUGACGGAAGUUUCUGGUAAAGCUGCCUACGGAACAUGCUUAGGCGCUAUGGCUGCUUUUCAAGCCAUGGCACGAGUCAUUGGCCCGAUCCUUUUUGCAUCGCUCUACGAGGAUGUGCACCAUUCUGCACCUUGGAUAGCCGUAGCAAUGUUGGGAGCAGUUGCUGCCGGCCUUUGGUUCUAUGUCCGCACAGCCCAGAGUGCAGCAGAUGGCGAGACAUCGCCAAAGGCCACAGAUGCCGAGGAAUGUUCAGGUAAAGCAAUUAAAUGA